AUGUCUUCGGGCAUUCAGGAUUUGCUCUCACCAGCGGAACCGUUACCUAUCCAAUCUCGGGACUUUGUCGUAUGGCAGAAGCAGCAAGGACAGACAGGGGAGCACCAACGGCAGGUUGAAUACUGGGUCAAACAACUAGAAGGAAGCCAUCCAGCCAGAUUUCUCUGCGACAAGCCACGACAGACUAUACCGUCAGGAGCAGCGGAAAAGCAACAGGUUGAACUCAGUGGGUCGCUAUAUAGAGACCUACAGGACUUCUGCAAACUACACGAAGUGACCCCUUUUACUGUUCUGCUCACUGCGUUUAGAACAACACACUACCGUCUUACUGGUGUAGACGAUGCGACUGUGGGCACCCUGAAGGAAAGCCGGAACGGGCAAAGACCAGAGGGCAUGAUUGACUUCCUUUCCAAUUUACAAUGCAUUAGAAUCCGGAUCGAAGAUGAUCAAUCUUUCGAACAGUUGGUCCGCCAAAUGCACAGAACGACAGCGGACGCACAUGCGAACCAAGAUGUCCCAUUCGAGAAGAUCGUUUCGGAGCUGCCGAUAGAUAUUAGAGACGGGUCGCGUAAUCCUGUUGUUCAACUAGUAUUCUCCUUGCACUCUAAAAAGGACCUAGGGCGAUCCACGUUCGAUAGCCUGGAGAUGGAGCAGCUGAGCGUCGUGUCGGGCUCGAGAUUAGACCUAGAGUUUCACCUGUUCCAAGAAGCAGAGUGCAUCCGUGGCACUGUUCUAUUCGCGACAGAACUUUACCAUCAACGAACAAUCAGCGGGAUGGUUGCAGUCUUCUACGAGGUUCUCAAACGAGGCCUUGAGGAGCCUCAGACACCGGUCGCCUCUCUACACCUGACCGAUGGCAGCUCCAUGCUGCGCGAGAUGGGUCUUCUUGAGAUCAAGCGCACAAUGUAUGCGCGCGAUUCUAGCGUGGUCGAGGCGUUCCAGCGCCAGGCCCUCGCUUCUCCUAGCGUCGUGGCUGUCAAAGACUCUGCCGGCGAGCUGACCUAUGCCCAACUAGACGAAAGAUCGGAGAGACUCGCCAACUGGCUUACACAGGCUGGUAUCCCUGCCGAAACACUUAUUGGCGUUCUUGCCCCACGGUCAUGCCAGACAAUUGUAGCGUUCAUGGGGAUCCUGAAGGCGAACCUUGCGUAUAUGCCGCUGGAUAUCAGACUUCCGAAGUUGCGCAUCGAGGCCAUCCUCUCUGCCGUCCCGGGCCACAAGCUGCUUCUUCUCGGACAAGAUGUGCCAGCUCCAGCUAUUCAGGCAGCUGAUGUCGAGUUCGUCUCUAUUGCCGACAUCCUCCACCGUUCGUCUCAGGCUGACCGGGCCUGCAAUGGACUGGCAGCGGCCUCUGUGGCACCUUCGGCUACUAGUCUAGCUUAUGUUAUGUUCACAUCAGGAUCGACAGGUAAACCUAAGGGAGUUAUGGUUGAGCAUCGCGGCAUACUACGGGCAGCCGACGUACUGUCGCGAAUUUGGGGAGCUGUUCCAGUGGCACAUAUGACCAAUAUCGCGUUUGACACGUCGACGUCGGAGAUCUACACCCCUUUGUUGAACGGAGGAACAAUAAUCUGCAUCGAUGACAUGACUGCCUUAGACGGAGUCAGGCUGGGCGACUUGUUCAAGGGAGAGAGAGUCGAAGUUGCUGUUUUCCCGCCGGCCUUCUUGAAGGAAUGCCUCGUUGCUUCUCCCACCACGAUCCAAGCACUUCGAGUACUUUUUACAGCUGGAGACCGCUUGGACGCACAGGAUGCAUCCAAGAUACUUCAAUUGGUCAAAGGUGGGGUUUACAAUUCCUAUGGGCCUACAGAGAAUUCAGUACUUAGCACAUUAUACCGUAUACUCCCGGAAGAAAGGUGUGUAAACGGUGUGCCCAUUGGGCGGGCCGUCAGCAAUUCAGGCGCAUAUGUCAUGGAUAUGCAGCAGCGUCUAGUGCCCAUCGGAGUCUUAGGAGAGCUCAUCGUCACUGGGGACGGUGUAGCCAGAGGAUACACCGAUCCAGAGAGGGAUCGCGAUCGAUUCGUGCGCGUGGUAAUCGACGGUGUGUCCGUGAAGGCCUAUCGAACGGGAGAUUAUGUGCGAUACCGGCCGAUGGAUGGCCAACUCGAGUUUUUUGGCCGCAUGGACUACCAGGUCAAGAUACGAGGACACCGUAUCGAGCUAGGAGAAGUGGAACAUGCAUUGCUUGCCUAUGAGUCCGUCGAUGACGCUGUGACAGUAGUGCGCGACGCGGAGGGUCAGGAGCCGGAGUUGGUUAGCUUUAUCACCAUCUCUGACGGUCAGGGCUUCUCUGAAUGGGAGACAGUGGACAGCAACAGUGAGCAAGGACAGGUUGAAACGUGGAGGGAGCACUUUGACGUAACCGCGUAUGCUGGCAUCGACAACAUAGACCCUAGUAAGCUAGGGAGAGACUUUGUUGGAUGGACAUCCAUGUACGAUGGGAGUGAAAUCGACAGAAAUGAGAUGGAAGAGUGGCUGGAUGACACUAUGACGGCUAUCCUCGACGGUGGUGAGCCCCGCAACGUCUUAGAAGUGGGCACAGGCAGUGGAAUGAUCCUAUUCAAUCUACCCAAAUCUCUGCAAAGCUAUGUCGGUCUUGAGCUUGCUGAACAAGCGGCAACGUUCGCGAACAAGGCGGCCCAAUCGGUACCAUCGUUACGCGGAAAGGUCGAGGUACGAGUCGGCACGGUCACGGACGUCUCUCGUACUGACAGGCUUAACUCGCCUGACCUAGUCGUGGUCAAUUCAACGGCGCAGUAUUUUCCUACUGCUGAGUAUCUACUGAAGGCAAUUGAGGACCUCCUUCGUUUGGACAGCGUCGAGCGUCUGUUCUUCGGCGACGUGCGGUCCUACGCUCUCUAUCGAGAAUUCCAAGUGACACAAGCACUACAUAUCACCAGUACAGCAACGCCGGGUGCGAUCAGACAGAAGAUGACAGCGAUAGAACGAGCGGAAGAGGAACUACUUAUUGAUCCCGCAUUUUUCACGGCAUUGGAGACUCAGCUGCCGGAUCUUGUAGACCACGUCGAGAUCCUACCCAAGAGGAUGAGGGCGACCAACGAGCUCAGCUGUUAUCGAUACGCGGCGGUGAUAUACAGAAAACACCAGAAGGAACGGUCGCAGCCCAUCUACCAGAUCGACGAGGGGCAGUGGAUCGACUUUGUGUCGCACCAGCUAGACCGUCAGUCGCUCCUACAACUUUUGGAAUCCCUUCCGAUCACCGCCGUCGCAGCGGUGAGCAACAUCCCGUACAGCAAAACCAUCUUUGAGCGAUGUGUUCUAGAGUCACUAGACAGUGCAGCGGACGAGAAGCUCGAUGGCAACGACUGGGUUAGGUCUUGCCACGAAGCAGCAAGGAGUACUUCGUCGCUCUCGGUUGUCGACCUUCACGAAGUGGCCCAUCUCGCCAAUUUUUCUGUGGAAGUCAGCUGGGCCCGGCAGGCCUCUCAGAGUGGCGGCUUGGAUGCCGUGUUCCACCGCUAUACACCUAGAAUCGCCGGAGCCAGGGUCUUGUUUCGCUUCCCUACCGACCAUCAUGGCCGGGCCUUUCACUCAUUGACCAACCGGCCGCUCCAGCAGCGGCUGAAACAAAGGGUCGAAGAGCAGCUGCGCAACAAGCUCAAGGUGAAGUUGCCAUCCUACAUGGUCCCCUCCGUGAUUCGGGUGCUGGACAAGAUGCCCAUCAAUGAUAACGGCAAAGUCGAUCGCCGAGCGCUUACAAAGAGUGCACACAUCGUGAAGGCCAAUAGAUCAUCGGCUGCACGCAUGUUGCCGCGGAACGACGUAGAGCGCGCCCUAUGCGAGGAGUUUACCAGCGUGUUGGGUGAGGAAGUUGGUAUUACCGACAGCUUUUAUGAUCUCGGUGGCCAUUCUCUUCAGGCUGCGCGACUGGUAUCCCGAAUCAACCGUCGACUGAUGUGCAGGCUCUACGUUUUUGAUCUCCUAAACUCGCCCACCCCGGCUGCGCUAGGAGACAUAAUCCCCACAAGGAGCACCGAAGGACUCUCCGACGAGCCCACUUGGCACUUUGAACAUCAUCGUCGAUCACACUCCCGACUCACAAUCGUACUGAUUCACGGACUUUGGGGACAGGGCAGUAUCUUUUCGCCCUUGGUCCCGUUCCUAGACGAUAUCCUUGAUGUCUUGGUCAUUCAUGAUCCGUUCUUUGGCCGAUCGGAGGGUCCCGAGACAAUACCCCGAUGGGCAGAGCUUUAUCUCAACCAUGUAGAGAAGCAGAUUUCUCUAGGGCAUGGGUUGAUUUUUGGGGGCUACUCUCUUGGUGGGUUGAUCGCGUAUGAGAUGGCCUCGUUGUGGCGAGCCCGACACGGCGAAUACCCAGCUUCUCUCGUCUUGUUGGACGCGGCAACUUACACGAACUCUGUACACGACAAUGAGAGCGAAAAGGAGAUCAACUACGCUUUGACGUUGUUCGGAGAAACCCAAAAGCAGCUGAUCCUGGAUCAUUUCAACAAGGUUGCACCACUGGCGCGCGAACCGAUUCAGCCACCUGAAUAUCAUGGCGAAUGUCUCUGCGUCAUAACGCCCGAAUCCGCCGCGGCCGGGGCGACGGAGUGGUGGACAGCUCGUUGCCCUGGAUUGCGGGUACAGUAUAUUGACUCUACUCAUCACGCCCUUUUGGAUGGCUCUAGGAUCAGAGCAGUCGGGCGACUCGUAAACGAACACUGCUGUCAGAUUGCUGGAAAUCUGGGACCUAUUACACCCUAA